CGAGAGACAAAGAAUUAUUGCAACAAAAAAUCUAGUUAUAUUUAAAUAUUUAAAAAAAUAAAUUUGAAGCCUGUUGUCUUGACUAUUAGUGAGUGUAAAAUAUACGUACAUACAUAUGUAUAUUUGUAAUGCAUGUACCAUACCUGCCCAUUGAGUGGAAAUAUGGACUAUAUAAAGCAAUACGUCCGUUAAUAGUCUGUAAUACCCGAGACAAUACUAUACUACGAACGAAUACCAGAUGUGUGUCACCAUAUAAAAAUAGGCUAUAAGAAACCUAGGAGUGAGCUUUUAUGCAAAAUGUUUGUAAAAAAUUAAAUGAAUGAAAUGGAAAAUAAUACGAGAACAACGCGUAUAUAUUUGGGCACCGCCGAAACGAAGUGCUUAAUAGAAGUUUGAUGCCAAGAUAUUGAAAAACUGCGAGAGGAAUUCAAAAAAUAUCCACGUGUUCAAAAAUAUGUGCGUGCAGCUGGAAAGUGACCACAGACAUCUAAUUUGAGAUGUCUAGAAAACUUUUAACACGUGAUGACAUUGCUGACGACCUCGAAAAAUCGAGUGUAGACAAAGUUACAGGAUUUUCAGAUGAUUCAUUUGUUGAUAAUGACUUUGAGCCAGAUUCUGAAAGUUCGGAUUUAGAAUCUGAUAACGAAGAUUUCGAGGAUAGUAAUGAAGACACAGCAAUGGACUUGGAUGAAGAUCCUGACGAAGAAGUUCCUCCUGCAAACUUGAUAAAUAGUGGAACAUGGGGGCCUGUUGGUGGAGAUCGAUUGACGUUUGUUGAGUCCCCGAUGUGUACAGGCGUAAAUCGUGAUGUUGCUGCCACUUUAACUGGAAAAUCUCCUGCAGAUUUUUUUAACUAUUUUAUAUCUGAAGACAUGAUAAAUCUGUUUGUUACAGAAACUAACAGGUUUGCUGCGCAACACAUUAUUGCAGUCGAAAACUCCUCCAAUAGAUCGCAGACAAAAAGGCUAGCAAAAUGGGUAGAUACCGAUCCUUCAGAAAUGCGUACAUUUCUUGGAAUUAUUAUUCGUUGGAACUCUAAGAGCCAAUCGAAAACAGAAUCCUCCAGAAGUAAUAAAAGCAACAUUAAACAAACGAUGGAACGAUGAGCUGUACGAUUUAUACGACGACAUUGACAUAGUUCAGCGAAUAAAAAGACAGCGGCUACGCUGGCUAGGUCAUGUUGUACGGAUGGAAGAAAACACUCCAGCUCUGAAAGUAUUCGAUGCAGUACCCGCUGGAGGAAGCCGCGGAAGAGGACGACCUCCACUCCGGUGGAAAGACCAAGUGCAAAGUGAC